AUGACACACAUCACUCCACCCGGCUUUCCCCUCCUUGUGUUCAACCCAUUUGCCUCGACUCACCUCCCGUCCCUCACCUGCUUUCCUGCCCGUCAUUGCCCGUCGUCUCGUUCCAAAAGACAAUCUGCCAGCACAGCACGGGCAGUGGGUCUAUUUUGCAUCUCCUUGGCACGACCUACGCCGUCGCUGCCCUUCCCUCCCUCCGCCAUGAUUGCGCCCUCCUCGCCUGCGGAUCCCACCGCCGCGAGUGCAUCACCGCCUCCCGUCGCCGCCCCCCCCCCCCCCCCCCCCCCUUUUUUUCCGCCGCCGCGCCUUCUCCGGCGCCGCCUGCGCAUCCCGCCGCGACGCCUCGUCGCCGCCUCCUCCUCCCCCUGCCGCGACCCCCCGUCGCCGUCUCCCCCCCUCCCGCCGCCGCGCCUACUUCGGCGUCGCCCGCGCAUCCCUUCGCCGCGACGCCCCGUCGUCGCCUGCCCCUCCCGCUGCCGCGACGUCGCGUCGCUGCCUCCCCCUAUCGCCGCCGUGCCUUCCUCGGCGCCACCUGCGCAUCCCGCCUCCGCGACGCCCCGUCGUCGCCUCCCGUCCCGCCGCCGCGACUUCGCGUCGCCGCCUGCACGCCCCGUCGCCGCGACCUGCCGUCGCCGCCUACGCAUCCCGCCGCCGCGACCCGCUCGUCGCCGCCUGCACGACCCGCCGCUGCGACUUCGCGUCGCCGCCUGCGCAUCCCACCGCCGCGACCUUCUCGUCGCCGCCUGCACGACCCGCCGCCGCGACUUCGCGUCGCCGCCUGCGCAUCCCGCCGCCGCGACCUUCUCGUCGCCGCCUGCACCCCUUGCCGCCGCGACCUAA